AUGGCUGUUGUUCUUAUUACAUUUGGUUUAUUUGGAAAAGUUUUCAAUUGUAUUAUAUUUCUUCGAAAACCGCUUCGUGGUACAUCAACUGGUUUACUUCUAUUAUUAAAAACAAUAUUCGAUACAGUACCACUUUUAUGGACAUUUAUGUUUGAUACAAAAUUUUUUGUUCAAGAUGAACAAAUCAAUCGAUCACGAUUAUUAUGUGUAUUAUCACGUAGUAGUGAUAUAUUUGUAUCGUGGUCAAUUGGUUUUGUUAUUCUUGCUUGUACAGUACGAGUUAUAACAAUAGUACAUUCAAAACGUUUACCACAACCAACACGUCUUCACGUAUUUCUUCUUAUUCUAUUAAUGAUGUUAUGCGGUUUGAUUUAUAAUUGGCAUAUUUUAUAUUAUCCAAAUUUAGUAAUAGAAACAACAUUAAUUGAUGAUAAAAAUCAUUCAUUUACUUAUUGUAAUAUAUUAUUUGGUCGACAAAUGGGUUAUUUUUCUUUUAGUGGUUUUCAAACAACACAAGAAUUAGUAUAUAAUGCUCCAAUAGUUAAUUUUAUAGUUUCAUCAUUAAUUCCAUUUACAAUUGUUGCAUCAACAAACAUUGUUAUUAUUGUUUAUGUUUUAAAAGCACCACCAAAACGUAUAUCAAGAAUAAGUUCACAUCAUAAUGGUGCAUUAACACCAAAAGAUUUUCAUCGUUCAGAUCCCUCACGUUCAUCAUUUAGACAAAUGGCAAAUCAAUUAACAAAAAAAGAUGUUAGUUAUGAAACAACAAUAACAUUAACAACAAGUUGUGUAUUUUUAACAACAAAUAGUAUAGCAAGUAUAUAUGUUUAUGUUAAAUCAAGUUAUCGUUCAAAUCGUACACGUGUAACAGAAGAUUUAAAAACAUCAAAUGUUUAUCUUAUUUUACGUAUGUUAGCAUUAAUUGAUACAGUUUUAGAAUUUUAUAUUUAUUUUUUAACUGGUAAAAAAUUUCGUCAAGAAGUUUAUCAUGUUAUUAGCGAAAUUCUUCAACAUACACCAUUAAGACAUUAUUUUAAAUUUAAAUGUUUAUCAUCAACAAAUCGUAUAACAAAUGUAACUAAUCAAAAACAACUAAAUAAUAAUAAUAAUAAUAAUAAUAAUAAUAGUAAUAAUAAUCAAAAAUCAACAAAGACAGCUAACAGCUGUACUAAUGUAUUAGAACGACGAAAUAUAAUAAAUUUGAAAUGCCAUGACAUUACAGAGACACUCGAUAGAAUGGAAAGUACUGUAUAA